AUGGAGUUAAAAGUACACCGUCCCAAAGAACUCCAGAGAACAUAUCACUCUGUUGAGGGUUCAGAUAACUCCAGUAGAGUCAAUUUAACCUGUGAUUCCAGCUCUCCUUGAUUUAGUGUGAUAGCUGAACAUAACCCUCUCUCUGAACUCUUCCAGCUGUCUGCUCUCAUUCAUUGGAGUCUUCCUGAUAGCCAGAGACAGACCCAAGAUCAAGACUCAAGACAAAACCUUUAUAGCCAUGGGAAAAAUCCCAGGUAACUAUUUACUUCUCUUACAACAAAUAGACAUGGAUGAGACCAUUUUGAAAUAAUAUAACAAAAUAAACACGAUUUAAUAUCCAAGAGUAUACAUUUCUACAAGGAAACACAUCAACCAUUUGCCUAAACAAGUAGCAUUUGAAAUGGUUACAUUGUAUUUGAACAAGGUAUUUUGCUGCUGUGUGUAGUCUGGUAACAUGGUGUUACUGUGUGAAUGUGUAGUGAGUGGGUUUGGCCCCAGCUAAACUAACGUAGCAGGCGUAAAAGAAACGCCUGAAACUAGAUCCCCUACAUCAGUGUUUCCCAACCCUGGUCCUCCAGUACACCCCAAAAGUACACAUUUUUAGUGUAACCCUGGACAAGCACACCUGAUUUAACUUGUCAACUACAGUGGCUUGCGAAAGUAUUCAUCCCCCCUUGGCAUUUUUCCUAUUUUGUUGCCUUACAACCUGGAAUUAAAAUAGAUUUUGGGGGGAUUUGUAUCAUUUGAUUUACACAAUAUGUCUACCACUUUGAAGAUUUUUUAUUAUGAAACAAACAACAAAUAAGACAAAAAAACUGAAAACUUCAACGUGCAUAACUAUUCACCCCCCCCAAAGUCAAUACUUUGUAGAGCCACCUUUUGCAGCAAUUACAGCUGCAAGUCUCUUGGGGUAUGUCUCUAUAAGCUUGGCACAUCUAGACACUGGGAUGUUUGCCCAUUCUUCAAGGCAAAACUGCUCCAGCUCCUUCAAGUUGGAUGGGUUCCGCUGGUGUACAGCAAUCUUUAAGUCAUACCACAGAUUCUCAAUUGGAUAGAGGUCUGGGCUUUGACUAGGCCAUUCCAACACAUGUAAAUGUUUCCCCUUAAACCACUUGAGUGUUGCUUUAGCAGUAUGCUUAGGGUCAUUGUCCUGCUGGAAGGUGAACCUCCGUCCCAGUCUCAAAUCUCUGGAAGACUGAAACAGGUUUCCCUCAAGAAUUUCCCUGUAUUUAGCGCCAUCCAUCAUUCCUUCAAUUCUGACCAGUUUCCCAGUCCCAUCCGAUGAAAAACAUCCCCACAGCAUGAUGCUGCCACCACCAUGCUUCACUGUGGGGAUGGUGUUCUCGGGGUGAUGAGAGGUGUUGGGUUUGUGCCAGACAUAGUGUUUUCCUUGAUGGCCAAAAAGCUCAAUUUUAGUCUCAUCUGACCAGAGUACCUUCUUCCAUAUGUUUGGGGAGUCUCCCACAUGGCUUUUGGCGAACACCAAACGUGUUUGCUUAUUUUUUUCUUUAAGCAAUGGCAUCUUUCUGCCCACUAUUCCGUAAAGCCCAGCUCUGUGGAGUGUACGGCUUAAAGUGGUCCUAUGGAUAGAUACUCCAAUCUCCGCUGUGGGUUGGGCUGUUGGGAGGGUUACUGGAGGACCAGGGUUGGACUUUUGGGGGGUUACUGGAGGACCGAGGCUGGACUGUUGGGGGAUACUGGAGGAAUAGGGUUGGGCUGUUGGGGGGUACUGGAGGACCAGGGUUGGGCUGUUGGGGUGGUAGUGGAGGCCCAGGGUUGGGAAUUAAUGUCUUCCUCUACAGUAAACCUGUUCAGCCAUCCCUCAAUAGCCAGGAGGUGCUUAAUGUGUUCCUCUACAGUAAACCUGUCCAGCCAUCCCUCCUCCCUCAAUAGCCAGGAGGUGCUUAAUGUGUUCCUCUACAGUAAACCUGUUCAGCCAUCCCUCCUCCCUCAAUAGCCAGGAGGAGCUUAAUGUGUUCCUCUACAGUAAACCUGUUCAGCCAUCCCUCCUCCCUCAAUAGCCAGGAGGAGCUUAAUGUCUUCCUCUACAGUAAACCUGUUCAGCCAUCCCUCCUCCCUCAAUAGCCAGGAGGAGCUUAAUGUCUUCCUCUACAGUAAACCUGUUCAGCCAUCCCUCCUCCCUCAAUAGCCAGGAGGUGCUUAAUGUGUUCCUCUACAGUAAACCUGUUCAGCCAUCCCUCAAUAGCCAGGAGGUGCUUAAUGUGUUCCUCUACAGUAAACCUGUUCAGCCAUCCCUCCUCCCUCAAUAGCAAGGAGGUGCUUAAUGUCUUCCUCUACAGUAAACCUGUUCAGCCAUCCCUCAAUAGCCAGGAGGUGCUUAAUGUCUUCCUCUACAGUAAACCUGUUCAGCCAUCCCUCAAUAGCCAGGAGGUGCUUAAUGUGUUCCUCUACAGUAAACCUGUUCAGCCAUCCCUCCUCCCUCAAUAGCCAGGAGGAGCUUAAUGUGUUCCUCUACAGUAAACCUGUUCAUUCAUCCCUCCUCCCUCAAUAGCCAGGAGGUGCUUAAUGUGUUCCUCUAGAGUAAACCUGUUCAGCCAUCCCUCCUCCCUCAAUAGCCAGGAGGUGCUUAAUGUGUUCCUCUACAGUAAACCUGUUCAGCCAUCCCUCCUCCCUCAAUAGCCAGGAGGUGCUUAAUGUGUUCCUCUACAGUAAACCUGUUCAGCCAUCCCUCAAUAGCCAGGAGGAGCUUAAUGUCUUCCUCUACAGUAAACCUGUUCAGCCAUCCCUCAAUAGCCAGGAGGUGCUUAAUGUGUUCCUCUACAGUAAACCUGUUCAGCCAUCCCUCCUCCCUCAAUAGCCAGGAGGAGCUUAAUGUCUUCCUCUACAGUAAACCUGUUCAGCCAUCCCUCCUCCCUCAAUAGCCAGGAGGAGCUUAAUGUCUUCCUCUACAGUAAACCUGUUCAGCCAUCCCUCCUCCCUCAAUAGCCAGGAGGUGCUUAAUGUGUUCCUCUACAGUAAACCUGUUCAGCCAUCCCUCCUCCCUCAAUAGCCAGGAGGUGCUUAAUGUGUUCCUCUACAGUAAACCUGUUCAGCCAUCCCUCCUCCCUCAAUAGCCAGGAGGAGCUUAAUGUGUUCCUCUACAGUAAACCUGUUCAGCCAUCCCUCCUCCCUCAAUAGCCAGGAGGAGCUUAAUGUGUUCCUCUACAGUAAACCUGUUCAGCCAUCCCUCAAUAGCCAGGAGGUGCUUAAUGUGUUCCUCUACAGUAAACCUGUUCAGCCAUCCCUCAAUAGCCAGGAGGUGCUUAAUGUGUUCCUCUACAGUAAACCUGUUCAGCCAUCCCUCAAUAGCCAGGAGGAGCUUAAUGUGUUCCUCUACAGUAAACCUGUUCAGCCAUCCCUCCUCCCUCAAUAGCCAGGAGGUGCUUAAUGUGUUCCUCUACAGUAAACCUGUUCAGCCAUCCCUCCUCCCUCAAUAGCCAGUGGGUGAGGUUAGCUCUCUGUUAACAUGGUGAAUGUGCAUUAUCCCAGCAGCAGAAUAACAUGGUGAAUGUGCAUUAUCCCAGCAGCAGACCCACCUCUCUAAUGAUCUAUAUGUGUUGUCUCUUGUCUCUGCUACAGGGAGAAAAUCUAAAGAUAAGGUCCAGCCGGAGGCUAACAGUAACACAUACGGAUCUCUGGCAGCUAAACUCAUGUGUAACAAACCUGGCCCACAGGACGACUCGUAA